UGAAGUCGACUUUCUAUAAAGCAUUUGGCAACGCUGAAUCGGCAGUGAUUGUCGGAAUCAAUUUUUGGUGUUGUCCAUUGGACGUGCGAUUUUCAGCAAAAAAUUAAAACAAAAAUUGUAUAAGAAUACUUAAAAGUACGUCAUAAGCAAAGAAAAAAGGCUACGGAAAGCACCAUAAUACAUACAAACAUUAAUAAAACUGAGAGAGUAAAUAAACAAACACCAUGAAGUUUCGUGCUAUGAUGCAGGAUCCUGAGUACAUGCGAGAAUUUCUAUACAUCAUACAAACGCUAUCGAAAUUGGCGAAAACAUGCGUAAUGAAGAUUUCAAUGGACAAAGUUUAUUUUGUGGCAAACGAGGAAUCUGGCAGCACAGCACCAUUGGUUUGGGUAGAAAUCGAUCCAAAAUUAUAUUUCUCUGAGUACACAAUGCAAGGUGUGGACGAUGAACUGGACCCACAUAUUGUGCUAAAUGUACCAACUCUAAAUUUAGGCACCGCACUCUCUUUGCUGCGAAAUAAUCCAUGUUAUUGUAAACUGAAGUUGACUAAUCUACAAUUCCCUUGCUUGACGGUCGACGUGGAUGCGACCACUAAGAGCUCGGAUAAGUCGCGCCGCGCCAUGCAUCAUGUACCUGUGGAUGUAAUACCACGUUGCGAUUGGCCAAAUUAUGCAGUGCCUCGAAAACCGACCUGCAAAUUGGUGUUAAAUGUGCCCUCCAAUAGGUUAAUACGAGGUCUAAUUGACAAAAUAAAGAAUCUAUCACCGACUAUAAUUUUUUAUGCAACUACCAGUGGAGAAAUGAAUUUGGUUGCCGAAACGGAUAUGGCAACAAUUACAACGCGCUACCAAAAUUUAGAGUUACGUGCGAUGAAUGCUAGCGAAAGUGACAAAGAGAAGGAUCAAAUUGAGGCAUCAUGUUCCGUGGACUGUAAGAAGACUGCACUAUUUUUCUCGGCACUACAAGUACCCUCAACGGAGUUGUCGUGUGGCAUAGCUGAUGAUCGCCUCAUACACUUGGAAGUGAACAUACGAGAAGGCAUUGCCAUCCACUCCAUUUUGCCAGCAGUUUGCGUAUGAACAUUGUUUGUUGAGCUGUUAAAUAAAAAAGUUAACGAAUAUUUAGAUUUAAGGAUCUUUCUUGACGCAAUUUUGGUAUAAUAGCUGCAUUUUUUUUUGUAAACGACCGACAAAAUAACGCUCAACUCGGGUAAAAUUUCCUUUUAGCUACUUAGCAACCCUGUUAGACACAAAUAACAAAAGAAAUGAGUAAUUUUGCGAGGUAUGUGCGUAAUAUAUAUAUUUAUUUAAAAUAUAAAUCAUGUAUAUACGAAAACAAUAAUUUCCCUCUCCACUAUCCCAUUAACAAUUCACAAUAGAGCAGUUUUUUCACUUACCAACACUACCCUUGAGCUCGCGUAUUUUUUAACUGACCUUGCUAAACUCGGAUAAGUAGCCGAGUUUGUGUUGUUGCUUUGCAUGUACUGCGUCAUUUAAGCGAGUGUAGUUUUUGUAGCUCGGUUGCAAAAGAAUGCACCUAAUGUUAAACUUAUCAGUGCACAUAAAAGCCAAUUGAUUUUUCCAAGCAAAUUACAUAAAUAAGUGAAAAUGUUUGAAUAACUAAACUAUAUAAAAUACAUACAUACAUAUGCAUUUAAUAAAUGGAAUGCGAGCGAAUAUCGAUGAGAAUCAUUUAACUGUAACUAAAUAUUUUGUUGAAUGGAACUUUUAGAAUUAUGCAAAGAAGUGAUUUCUAGAACAAACAACACACGAAACUAAAAUUGACCUAGAAGUAGUGGUAUUAUCUUUCUAAAAUAUGUUUGUAUUGAUUAACCUAUAGGAAGCAAUUUUGUUGAACAACUAAGAUGUCUAAUCCGCGAUUAAACUGUUACCAAAAAUUUCGCCGCUGUUUGUGAUUUUCGCAUAAUGUCCUAUGAACCGUUUGUUCUGCAAGUAGUUUUCGACUACCCCAACAAAAAUUGUUAAUAAGUCAACAUACUUUUUUGUUUUUUUUUGUUUGUUUUUGACAUACAUACGCAUGUAAGGGCGAAUCCAGCGAAAAGUCUACCGGGUAAAAAAACCUUAAAGUCCUAUAUCUAAUUUACUUACUAACUGGCCGAUUUGACUGCUUUGAUCCAGGUAUUUUGAAAACCCGUAUUUAUGCUCUGAUUUAUUUCACAGUUGGCAUGUUUAGUUGAUAAUAAUAAUAAAAAUACAUAGA